CGCACAUCAAUAUGCUGACCAUUCUAGCCGAGGAGAACCUGCCCUUCGCCAAGGAGAUCGUCUCUCUCAUCGAGGCCCAAACCGCCAAGUGAAGGCGUGCUUUUCUUCACCCCUUGACAGAAGUGGUCCUCUGCCACCGUAUGUUUCCCUGUAGUCCUCCUCUUCUGUGGAUUCAUGUGGGAGCGAUAUGUCAUUUAAGUAAAGUUACUGUUAAACUUAGUUAUAAUGAAUUUUAAUAGCUUCCCAGUACUACGUAUUAAGUUAAUUUUUCAAGCUUGUACUUACGGUUUAAUUUUUUCUAGUUGUUAGUGAUUGCAAUUAUCAGGAUGAGCCUCCUUUUAGCAGAGUGAACCCCUUUUAAAAGGCCACUUUAACAACAACCACCAAUAUGUUUAGAGACGGUUUCUGUCUAGUGUAAAACUGAGUGGUCUGACUCUAAUAAAUGGUUUUGAAAUGUGUGACUGGUAUUAUAAAAUUUGUGAAUAAAACAUAUAAAAUAUGUAUUUGUCUUUUUUAUUUACCUUUGUAAGGUGUAGAAUCUGUUUCCAAGACUUAUUUUUAUCUACGUGGUUGUGUGUUUUAAACAAAAGUCUUUAAGUGACUUGGGUUCAUUCUUCUUUAGGUUCCAUCCACUCUUUUGGGUAAAUCUGUUCACAAGAUACACGGUUUCAGGUGGUCCUUUCAUAUCUUAAUUUAAAGAGGACAAAAGUAAGGUUUUUUUUUUAAGGGCUCAACAAGUUUGUCAUGCUCAGCCUGACAGCUAAAAUAUGUCUUCAUUCACCUUUGCCUGUGAAUGUCUAUGUAAAACAGGUAUUUUUCUUUUUUAAGUAUGAGAGUAAAAAGGAAACAUUCCUCAUACUCAACAUCCUUUUUAUUGAUACCAUAAACGUGUUGGAAAUAUUAGUUUUUGCCUUGUUGAAGGCUAAACUUGACAUUAAUGCAUUUUUUUUUAAAAAGCACUUGCAUUUUUAAGGCGAUAACAUUGAUUUUUUAAAAAUCUAAUUCCCUCGUAUUAUGAGUGUUCAUAUUCCACAGUGCCUGAUAUUUAGCAGCUCAGGUUGUCACUCAGCAGUUUCCUUGCUGGUUUUUAAUGGAUCCAGAAGACCUUCGAGAACUGAAAACUAAAUGCUGACUAUAAUGACCACAUAAAACUCGUGUUUGUGUGUCGCUGCACAGUGGUGAAAAUAGAUGGACUAUUUGCUGGUAAAAGACAGCUGAAAUUUUGGGGGCACACGUUUCCUGGUUAUUUUUGUAAAGCCAGAUUGAGGAAAAGAUGUAAAAGUCACUUUGGGGGAACUAUUAAUCUGGGUUGGGAUUGAGGGUGAGGGGAGGGAGUUUCUGUCAUGUGGUAGCAAACUGGCUUGGUUUUGUGUUUCUGGAGGUGAAUGUCAUUUUUUAGCAUCUCAGCAUAACUAAACUUUAAAAUUCACACCUUAUUUGACUCCUCCCAUGAGGCAGCAGUAGUGAAAAAGAAUAUUACAUAUAAGGAUUUCACUUGUACAAUAAAAAGCCUGCUGAACAGAUUUUGGUGUUAAAAGAGAGCCUGUUCAUAAGUACAAUAAUGACUAAAGUGGUGUAAAACAUGACAUGGUAAGGUAAAGACACAGCAAUAAAGCAUUUGACAUGUUGGUACUUAAUGUAGUUUACUCACAUGCAGUGGCCUUGUGAACCCUUUUAUUAGUACCUUAAAAGAAGUAUUUCCAUACUAAGUUAUUCAAAGGUUUCCUUAGCCAACUUUUGGUUGUAAGGUGUUAUGAGAAGCAAGAGCAUUUCCACACACUUGUAUGGGCUGUUGGUUUUAUGAUGGCAUUGUGUACUCCAGAGCUGUGAGCCUACCCUAGCUACAGGUAGCUAUGGGUAAGUGUUAUUCAAGGAUAAGAUUCCUAUACACGUGGGGUGGGUAAAUGGGAUAACCUAAGAUUUUUUGUUUUUUUAAAAAUCAUGGGUGCUCCUGUGGAGUCAGAAUUAGAAAAAAGUUCAUAUGGUAUGUCUUAAUGCUCCUCAACAAGUCUGUGAACCUGCUGAUGCUUUCUGGAAGCUUGCUGUGCCUUCUAAAAGCCAGUGAUGGGCAGGCAUUGCACUUGAACCGGGGCAACAUUUUUUUACUUUGGAAAGGGCCACCUGUAUCAACAUCACAACACUGGCUCUGCACAAAUUUAGAACCCCUGGUUUGUGUGUGUCAGAGGAAAAAUAUUUCGACGGAGAGUCCAUGCUGUGAAGAAAAUCUUCAGGACAAAUCCUGGUUUCCAGAGUCAAGUUCAACCUGGUUUACGUGAUUCAGCGGCUGCUCCAUCCAGUUUUUCUUGUAUCAGUAACAAACUUGCACCUUCCUGCAUGCUCAUGUGCAAGUUUAAAGUGUUUGGCCAUUGACUUCAUAGUGUUUUUAAUUUCUUUGUUCGUUUGGAUUAUAGAGAAGUAAUCCUAAUGAUUUUACAGGUAACAAAAGCUUCAUAGACUUUAACAUAUAAAAUAUGCCUAUGGAAAUUAGGGUUUUUACCAGAGGUCUAAAAACUACUUCAUUGAGUCAAGGCACACCAUUGUAAGUUAAUAUGGAUCCCAAAGCUGACAGUUGGAUUACAAAAAAUAAUUUUCUCUUGCCUCCCCCUUUUUGUCACAACACGGAUCUUUUUACCACAUGAACUUGAAAUUCCAUUGAGUGUUAAGUGGAUGUACUAGAGAUUACAGUUUUUCAUCCUGGUAAUUCUGAGCUUUUGUGUGCUCAAUUGAAGAUCAUUGUAAGAGAUGAGAACUUGAUUGAACACUUAGGUUGCAUAAAGGUUAAAAUCAAUUCAAAAGUAUUUAGUACCAACAAAAAUAGAGGUCUGUAUUGUAGGUCUAAAAUCUCACUAUUAAAAGUAAUUCUUUGGUGGCAAUUCAUUAUACUAAACUUCUCAGUUUCUUUUUAUUACUUCAGGCUCCUUCCUCAGAGAAGCUUCCUGUUAUGUACCUUAUGGAUUCUAUCGUGAAAAACGUUGGAAGAGAGUAUCUCACUGCCUUUACUAAAAAUCUAGUUGCAACAUUUAUUUGUGUGUUUGAAAAGGUGGAUGAAAAUACUAGAAAAAGUCUAUUUAAGUUACGUUCCACAUGGGAUGAAAUAUUCCCUUUGAAGAAACUUUAUGCCCUGGAUGUCAGAGUCAAUUCGUUAGAUCCUGCUUGGCCUAUUAAACCUCUGCCCCCCAAUGUGAAUACAUCUAGCAUCCAUGUGAAUCCUAAAUUUUUAAAUAAAUCGCCCGAGGAGCCUUCAACACCUGGCACAGUGGUCAGUUCCCCUAGCAUCUCCACUCCUCCAAUUGUUCCUGAUAUACAAAAGAAUCUUACCCAAGAACAACUAAUACGGCAACAGUUACUGGCAAAACAAAAACAGUUGUUAGAACUUCAGCAGAAAAAGCUUGAGCUUGAGCUAGAGCAAGCUAAGGCACAACUGGCAGUUUCUCUUAGUGUUCAGCAGGAGACAUCCAACUUAGGUCCUGCAUCUGCACCUUCCAAAUUACAUGUUUCACAGAUUCCCCCUAUGGCAGUUAAAGCUCCCCAUCAGGUUCCUGUGCAACCUGAGAAAACCCGUCCAGGCCCAUCCUUACAAAUUCAGGAUUUGAAAGGAACUAACCGGGAUCCCCGUCUUAACAGGAUAAGCCAACAUUCUCAUGGAAAAGAUCAAAGUCACAGGAAAGAAUUCCUAAUGAACACAUUGAACCAAUCUGAUAUUAAGACAAGUAAAACUGUACCCUCUGAAAAACUAAAUUCAUCUAAGCAGGAAAAAAGUAAAUCAGGUGAAAAAAUAACCAAGAAAGAACUUGACCAGUUAGAUUCUAAAUCUAAAUCUAAAUCUAAAUCACCAUCACCUUUGAAAAACAAAUUAUCUCACACAAAAGACUUGAAAAAUCAAGAAACUGAAAGUAUGAGGUUGUCUGAUAUGAACAAGAGAGAUCCAAGAUUAAAAAAACAUCUUCAAGAUAAGACUGAUGGCAAAGAUGAUGAUGUAAAAGAGAAGAGAAAAACUGCAGAAAAAAAAGAUAAAGAUGAGCACAUGAAAUCAUCUGAACACAGACUGGUUGGAAGUAGAAAUAAAAUAAUAAAUGGCAUUGUACAAAAACAGGAUACAAUAACAGAAGAAUCAGAAAAACAGGGGACAAAACCAGGGAGAUCGAGUACUAGAAAGCGAUCAAGAUCUCGAUCACCCAAGUCUCGGUCACCAAUUAUACAUUCCCCAAAGAGAAGAGAUAGGCGGUCACCCAAAAGAAGGCAAAGGAGUAUGUCUCCAACUUCAACACCCAAAGCUGGAAAGAUUCGCCAAUCAGGAAUUAAGCAGUCACACAUGGAAGACUUUACACCACCUUCCAGGGAAGACAGAAAUGCUAAGCGAAGUACUAAACAGGAUGUUCGAGAUCCAAGGAGAAUGAAAAAGACUGAAGAGGAACGACCACAAGAAACUGCAAAUCAGCAUUCUACAAAAUCAGGCACUGAACCAAAGGAGAAUAUAGAAAAUUGGCAAAGUUCCAAGUCUACCAAAAGAUGGAAAUCUGGUUGGGAAGAAAAUAAAAGUUUACAACAGGGUGAUGAACAUAGUAAAUCUCCUCAUCUAAGGCAUAGGGAAAGCUGGUCAAGCACUAAAGGAAUUUUGUCACCUCGAGCCCCCAAGCAGCAGCAGCAUCGAUUAAGUGUAGAUGCCAAUCUUCAGAUUCCUAAAGAGUUAACUCUUGCAAGCAAAAGAGAAUUACUUCAAAAGACGAGUGAACGUUUAGCAUCUGGUGAAAUUACACAGGAAGAAUUCCUUGUUGUUGUGCAUCAAAUUCGACAGAUAUUUCAGUAUCAAGAAGGUAAACAUAGAUGCAAUGUACGGGAUAGUCCUACAGAAGAAAAUAAAGGUGGAUUAAAAAAGAAACCUCUCUUAUCUGAUGCUGAAUUAACCUACUAUGAACAUAAAGCAAAACUGAAAAGGACACAGGUUCAGCAUUCAUUUCCAAGACUUGAUCUCUUAGAUCCUGAUAUUUUUGACUACCCUUUGACUGAUGCCUUGUUGUCUGGAAUAGAAUGUGAGCCAUCCAAAAGUAAACAUGCAAGUAGGAAUAGUGGAGCACAGUUUGACAGAAAAGAACAAUUUAGUGAAAGAGCAAGACGUCUUUCUCCUAUAUCUGGGAGUCGUACUUAUGCUGAGAAUCUUUCACCCCAUGAGGGCCGGAGAAGACAUGACGAGCAAGUCUCUGCUAAAGGUGUACGAGAAGAGCAGAGAUCUCCAUUCAAUGAUCGCUUUCCACUUAAGCGACCUCGAUAUGAAGAUUCAGAUAAACCUUUUGUAGAUAGCCCAGCAACAAGAUUUGCUGGUCUUGAUACAAAUCAGCGACUUACGGCUUUGGCUGAAGACAGACCAUUAUUUGAUGGACCUGCUAGGCCAUCGGUAACGAGAGAUGGUCCAACCAAGAUGAUUUUUGAAGGACCUAAUAAAUUAAGCCCUAGAAUUGAUGGACCUCCCACACCAGGUUCUCUUCGGUUUGAUGGGUCACCAGGACAAAUGGGGGGAGGAGGCCCUUUGAGAUUUGAAGGACCACAAGGUCAGCUAGGAGGUGGGUGUCCUUUGAGAUUUGAAGGUCCUCCAGGACCAGUAGGGACACCUCUGCGGUUUGAGGGGCCAAUUGGUCAAGCUGGAGGAGGUGGUUUUCGGUUUGAAGGUUCCCCUGGUCUUAGGUUUGAGGGAUCUGCAGGUGGUUUGCGAUUUGAGGGACCAGGGGGCCAGCCUGUGGGUGGUCUCAGAUUUGAGGGACAUCGUGGUCAACCUGUAGGUGGUCUAAGAUUUGAGGGACCUCAUGGUCAGCCUGUGGGUGGACUUAGAUUUGAUAAUCCCCGAGGUCAGCCUGUAGGUGGACUUAGAUUUGAGGGAGGUCAUGGUCCAUCAGGGGCUGCAAUUAGGUUUGAUGGACCUCAUGGUCAGCCAGGAGGAGGGAUCAGAUUUGAGGGCCCGUUGUUACAGCAAGGAGUUGGAAUGAGGUUUGAGGGCCCCCAUGGUCAGUCAGUAGCGGGUCUGAGAUUUGAAGGACAACAUAAUCAACUUGGUGGGAACCUUAGGUUUGAGGGUCCACAUGGUCAACCAGGGGUUGGGAUCAGGUUUGAAGGACCUUUAGUCCAACAAGGGGGUGGAAUGAGGUUUGAGGGUCCUUCUGUACCUGGAAGUGGCCUGAGAAUUGAAGGGCCUCUGGGUCAGGGUGGUCCAAGAUUUGAAGGUUGUCAUGCCUUACGGUUUGAUGGGCAGCCAGGUCAGCCAUCACUCUUGCCAAGAUUUGAUGGAUUACAUGGUCAGCCAGGUCCUAGAUUUGAAAGAACUCCUGGUCAGCCAGGCCCACAGAGGUUUGAUGGACCACCUGGACAGCAGGUUCAACCAAGAUUUGAUGGUGUACCUCAAAGAUUUGAUGGUCCACAGCACCAGCAGGCAUCAAGGUUUGAUAUUCCACUUGGUCUUCAAGGCACAAGAUUUGACAAUCAUCCUUCACAAAGGCUUGAAUCAGCAUCUUUCAAUCAGACUGGUCCAUAUAAUGAUCCUCCUGGCAAUGCUUUUAAUGCCCCGUCCCAAGGACUGCAGUUCCAAAGACAUGAACAAAUAUUUGAUUCACCUCAAGGACCAAAUUUUAAUGGACCACAUGGUCCUGGAAGCCAGAGUUUUUCAAAUCCCCUUAACCGAGCUUCUGGACACUAUUUUGAUGAAAAAAAUCUUCAGAGUUCUCAAUUUGGAAACUUUGGUGGCAAUUUACCUGCUCCAAUAACAGUAGGAAAUAUUCAGGCGUCUCAACCGGUUCUGACUGGUGUUGGUCAGCCAGUGGCUUUUGGCCAAGGACAACAAUUUUUACCAGUUCAUCCACAAAAUCCUGGAGCAUUUGUUCAGAAUCCUUCAGGAGCCCUUCCUAAGGCAUAUCCUGAUAAUCAUCUCAGUCAGGUGGAUGUAAAUGAAUUGUUUUCAAAACUGUUAAAAACAGGAAUUCUCAAAUUGUCCCAGCCUGAUUCAGCAACGACACAAGUAAAUGAAGUUGCUGCUCAGCCUCCUCCUGAAGAGGAGGAAGAUCAAAAUGAAGAUCAAGAUGUUCCAGAUCUUACUAAUUUUACAAUUGAAGAAUUGAAACAACGCUAUGAUAGUGUUAUAAAUCGACUCUACACUGGUAUUCAGUGUUACUCUUGUGGAAUGAGGUUUACAACAUCACAGACGGAUGUAUAUGCAGAUCACUUGGACUGGCAUUAUCGGCAAAAUAGAACAGAAAAAGAUGUUAGCAGAAAAGUCACUCAUAGACGGUGGUACUACAGUUUGACAGACUGGAUAGAAUUUGAGGAAAUAGCUGAUCUGGAAGAACGUGCAAAGAGCCAGUUUUUUGAAAAGGUCCAUGAAGAAGUUGUGCUCAAAACUCAGGAGGCUGCUAAGGAAAAGGAGUUCCAAAGUGUACCUGCUGGACCAGCUGGAGCAGUUGAGAGUUGUGAAAUCUGUCAAGAACAAUUUGAACAAUACUGGGAUGAAGAAGAGGAGGAAUGGCACUUAAAAAAUGCUAUUAGAGUAGAUGGAAAGAUUUAUCAUCCAUCAUGUUAUGAAGAUUAUCAAAAUACAUCUUCAUUUGAUUGUACACCAUCUCCCAGCAAGACACCAGUUGAAAACCCCUUGAACAUUAUGUUGAACAUUGUCAAAAACGAAUUGCAGGAACCUUGCGAAAGUCCCAAAGUUAAGGAAGAACGGAUUGAUACUCCACCAGCUUGUACAGAGGAAAGCAUAGCAACACCCACUGAAAUUAAAACAGAAAAUGAUACAGUUGAGUCAGUCUAAAUAAAAUGAGAAAGGUAUGUUUUUCUUUUUUUAAAAUAGCUCCUGUUGGAUGUAGAUGGUGAAUAAUUUUUUUAUGUAUAUAUAGACAUAUCUAUAUAAAUUGUCUAGCUGAGGCAGGGCCUUCAGCUAUCAUUUGGUUAAUAAAUACAUUUUAGUAUUUGCAUUUCCUACUGCCUGCACAGUUUCAGGUGCUUGUUGUGUGAAAGUUCUGUAGAUGUGUGCAAAUUUAACAAAAUGAAAUUGUAUGUGUAAAAAUGUACGAUUUUCACUUGUGAAACUGUAAAUUAUAAAUAAAAAAUAUUUUUGCUAUCCAUGGAGUGUAAUAUUUAUGCACACCAUCAAAUAAAGACAGUGUUUCUGUACUUUUUAUUGGGUAAAAAUAGAAUUGAACAGCAACCUCAACAUUAGAUUUUUUUUCUAGUAGCUUCCCAUGAUUAAAGAAGCAAAGUCUGAAGUUAGUUUUAUCCUUCAAAAGGGGGUUGUGAGAGCACUGCAGGACUUUUCUCAAAUAGAAAAGCCAGAUUUGAAAAUUUUUUAAAAAACAAAAUAGGACAUAUUUGCAUAUAUAUAUAUAUAUCUCUCCAGCUAUAGAGAACCAUCCAGAUGUUCAUUUUUGGAAAAUAUCUAAUGAAGCAACUUUUAUUCUUGGACACUGAUGCCAUCAAACAAUUAACAGAUAUAUUUAAGUACUAAAGGUGAUUUUUUUUUUUUAAAGACGUUUUUCAAAUUGUCAAAUGAUUUAAUGCAGGUGAACAUAUUUCUAUUUUAAGUUACAGGGGAAUCUGUAAGAAUGUUUAUUUGAAACAUGGUUAACCUUUUUCCUUUGUUGGUUUUGACUGAAUUAGAUGGAUACCAUGAGAUGUUAAUAUUUAUACAUGUAAUAAAUAGAAUGAUGAAGAAA